GAUACACACUCCAACGUUAAACAUACUUGUAUUGUUCUAAGACAAUGUUGAUUAUUAGAGCAAUGGUCAUCCACUUAAUUAUCACAAUGGUGUAUUUAGUAUCUGGUGGAGUUUUUCAUAGUGGCAAGUACCUUGAAUCUCAGAUACUGAAAGUGUUUUUCAAUGUAGGACCAAGGAUGUGCAUGCUAAGAUGCACUAGGUACGCUGGGUGUACUGCUUUCAACUUCGUUAAAAGCCAUUUAUACUGCGAACUGCUUAACUCGACUCAACAGGCCACACCAAUAGAUAAGGGACAUUACAUGUACUCAGAAAUGUCAACAUGGACGAUUGAAUCAGAUACAUGCUGGCCAAAUCCGUGUUCAUUUGGAGAAACCUGUAUCAUCACGAGUAAAGACCUUCCAGUGUGUGUUAAACUCGAGAGAGCAGAUUAUCUAGGUUGUUACAAGGAUGAUGCUAGCAGGCAUUUGAAACACAACAUGACAAACAGCUAUUACAUGUCUCUUGUAUUUUGUAAGCAACAUUGCAGUGGAUACCAAUUUUGUGGCUUGCAAGCAGGUGGCUUCUGUCUAUGUGGAAAUGUCCUGAUUGAAAGUGAAUAUCCAAAAAUUCCAGAAGCAGAAUGCGACUACGAUUGUUUAAAAGCAAAUGAGGUGACACACCAUAACUCUAAAGAACUAAAUAAUAAAUGA